AUGCGCGCGCAGGCUCAACCUAUACCGGCGCGGCAGCAGAACUGGACGAUCCCGCGAGCCCCUCAGCAGGCACAAUGGCACAACCUGUUCUAUACGGGCACGGACGACCCGCGGUCGUGUGUUGUCAUCGGCGAGGACAGCAAGCCGCACCUUUACUGCUUUGAUACCACACACUAUGGCUCGUCGGGCCUCAGAACAAUGCUGCAGAAAGACAACCGCGACAUCGUCGCCACAAUUGACUGGAGCCCAGGCGACUACUGGUCAGGCCGCGUUACAAUCGGCGCGCGCCACCUGUACGUCUCCCAGCUUCUCGCGCCGGGAUCUUCCAGCAGGCACGUCUCCGCCCGGUCCUUCCUCUCGAUGACGGGAAAGAAGUGCGAGUGGCGGCGGUCCGGCCAAGACAAUUCGACGUACGACCUCUACGCGGGAACAUCUCUGAUUGCAAGCUACCGGCGCCUCGUAGUGACCACCAGCGUCGGGCCUUCACACGGACUGCUUGAGUAUCUGUUCGACCAUGACGCCUUCCUCACGGAGGUCAUUGUCACUCUCUGCCUGAACCGCUGGAUAGAUACACAUGCAUUCGGCACCUCGACGUCGUUUCAACAUGUAUAA